AUGGAGCCCGCCGCCGCCGACCUCCUCGCCGCGCUCUCCUCUCCGUCCUCCCACGCCAGCCUGCGCUCCCGCUUCGCCGCCUACCUGGAGCCCUUCUCCCCGUACCUGCCCACGCUAAACCCUAGCGCCAAGCCGCCGCCGAAGAGGACGACGAAGCAGGGCAUGCAGCAGCAGCCGCCGCCGCCGACCCCCGACGCGGCUACGGUGCGCCCGCUCGCGAAGCGCUUCCUCCCGUUCCUGUGCCGCGCGCUCCAGGUCCUGCCGCCGUUGCUCCGGCCCAACCCUAGUUCACGCGACGCCGGGUGCCCCGACGAGCUGCUCGACGUUUACGGCCUCCUGCUGGACUGCCUUGCGGUCAUAUCGACGUGCCUCGCCGGGAAGCCCUACUCCGUGCUGCUCCAGCGUGGCCGCUUCGUGUGCUGCCUCGAGUCGCGCGGCCACUAUGCACGCGCUGAGGCGGACGCUGCUGCCACUCUCGAUUCCCUUCGUUCGGUGCUGUCAGUAUCGACAGCCUCAAAGUCUCGCCGUGCUGCGAGUGUUGCUUCCCUCCUUCCCGAUCCUGGCGUCGCAAGGGAGGCUGGUGCAGACCCUGAAGUCACCAUCCUCGCUGUUGAGCUCACCGUCUGCUUUGCUAACUGUGCCAGCAAGUGCAAGGUGAAGGAUGCUGCCCCAUACGAACGGGUUGUCAACCUUGUUGAGAACCUCCAGCCAUGGCUUCGUAUUCUGGCUGAGGAUGUCAGCAGGAAGUACCUCACACUGCUUGUGAAUGCACUAAGUCGAUGUGCCAUUUUCCUGGCUGCUGAGUCUUCACUGUUUGAUACCAACCUUGUGCGUGAAUUCUGUCGUGCAACGUUGGGAGAGUGUAUGAAGGCACAAACCAUAGAACGCUUGCCAGCAGUCGCUCGCAGGAUCUGUUCUUCUGUAGAUGUGAGGUGUGUUGGAAGCACUCAACUUUUGCUUGAUGUGUUAAAUACUGUUGUUGGAUCUUCCGCAUGUGUAAAGGCUGACUUACCAAGAUCUGUAAAUGAGAUUGUAGAAUUUGUAGCAUAUUUUUCUCGAAGCUUUAUUUCUUCAAAUCAGGAUUUAUCUGUUGGUGCUGCGGAGCUAAUUUAUAGACAAGGUGGUUAUUUCUCUGAGGUCUCGUCUACCUCUGCCACUGCCUCAGUACUUAUUCUUUAUGCUAUUGGAUUAUACUUUAGCGCUCAGCAAAUUGAAAAUGGAGAGCAACCUCAUAAAUCCACAGAUUUUCUCAACAAUGAAAAGUAUCUACAAACUUUAAACAGUGCCCUUGCCACACUGGAACAUCUUUUUUGUUUUGCCAAUGGCAGAUCCACUCCACUUGAUACUCUGGGGAAAGCUUCAAGCUCAACAACGCACCCUGGGCAUUCCAAUAAGCACACUUUGUCUCACUCUGAUGACCACAUAUCUUCUGUGGCAUACUUGGAUUCGCUAGAGUUUCUUUGCAAGAUAUUAUCACAGUAUGUGAAUGCAGUUUGGAAGAAUUUCUCUGAUGGAACCACACCCCGCUAUUCUAGAAACAUGACCUAUGUGUUAACAGCACUGCAUCAGUUCAUUGAUUCCAGCAUUUCUGCUUAUAGCUGUACAAAAAUGCCUGAAGGAGACAAGGAGAGACUAAAUGAACAACAUGGAACCUUACUGAAGGCCCUAGUUUCAGCAACUAAAGUUUCCUUUGUUACCAAGGAAGGUAUCCAGAAGAGCAUGUCCUUCAUCAAUUUUGCCAUUUCAAGUACAUGGAUAAAUCUUGAUGAACUCAAAUAUCUCAUGUCCUCACUUGGUAACAUUGGUGUGACACUUUACAAUAUUGGACAUUUGGAUGAGGCACCAAAGGCAAUAGAGCUAUGCUGUCAAACUAUAUGGGUGCACACGAGGCUUUCUUACCAUAGACUAUCAGCAAGCCAGGAAGGACAGAUUAUUGUUGAGGAUAUACCAAAGGAUACAAUGAAGGACAUCAUUACGGAUGCCUUUGCACGGAUUGCAAAGAUGGUUGACACUCUACAUAAAUGUGGAGUAAAAAUGAUAUCUGAUGUUAUCGUGAAGAGCUUGUCUGAAUUGUUGGCUGAUGAUGGCACAAUUGAACUUUUAAAUAGUUCGUUAGUCCUAAUCAAGUUGUGGGUUAAGAUAACACGCAAAGAUGUUGAGGAUGACGAAAGUGUUGAUAGUGCUCCCCUUCUGUACCACCCUCUUAUAGGUUACAGUCCUCCUUUGCCUAAGAAGUUGGUAGGCUUAAUUUUAGAGCAGGAAUUGUUGGCUUAUGCAUUAGUUGAAUCUCGAGGCACUAUGUUAUGUGUAAAAAUGCAAAAGAGGAUCAUAGACAUUCUCUUGAAUAAAUUAUACUGCUCAACGGAGCAUUAUUUGGAGAGAUCAAGGGUCCUUGUAAAAAAGGCACGUGUGCUUCGUGCAUCUGGAGUUCAAAGUAUAAGCAGCUGCCUUGAGUCUUUAUCUGAAGCCAUAUCCUUACUGCGAGGCCUCCCACUGGAUCCUUCUCAAGGCAAUGCACCUGCAAUCCAUCAACUGGCUAUUGCGUACUGUCUGUAUGCACAUUGCUCGCAGGAAGCCAAUCUUGGUGCCGAGGUAAUCUUUGAUAACGCUCAGAAUGUACGUGACCUGUUGUCAAAAGUCAGAACUUUUUGUUAUUAUUCUCCUGGUAUGAUUUCUCAUCAGCCAUCAGAAACUCUUGUACCUCUUCUUUGUUCUCUGGUUGAUUUGUUGGCAAUGAAGGGCUGUUCUGAGCUUCAGUUUGAUUUGUGCAACCUUAUGAUAAAUAUAUGGAAGCAAGAAAACUUGCCUGUUGAAAAGUUAUUUUCCAUGUUAUUUGCCAACGGGCGCCUCAAUCAUGCGUGUUGCCAUCUCCCAAUGGACCAACAAUUUAUUUCAAAUGCAGAGUAUCAUCAUGAUAUUGAUUGCCACAGUACAGAGUUUUGGAGAAACUGUGUUAAAGGAGACCAUCCUUCUCUUUCUAUGUUUGUCCAGAGAUUGUGGCCUAUCGACUCCUUUAUUUCUACAUCACCCGAACCUUAUUUUAGAAGGCUGUUCGGUUUCAGUGGUAGUGUUCAUGAGGUCGAUAGUGCCGCAUCAUCUCUGGUUUCUGAAGUUUCUUCGAAUGAUCAAUCAAUUUUUCUAGCUGGCUAUAUGUACUUCGAUUUAUCAGAUAGACUUUUAUCUAGAGGACAAAUUUUUCAGGCCUUUUCAUACGGAAAAGAGGCCUUGCAAUUACGCAAGAAACUCCUAAGAAAGAAAUUCAAAUUCAAUGUUGGCAAGUUUGCAACUGAGGGAAGUCAAUGUUCUGGAGGGCAAAGCUCUGUUUCACUCGAAGCAUGGGGAUCAACGAUUGCUGAAAUUUGGCCAGAUCACACCAGAUCAACUGGAACGGGAGAUUAUUUCCUAACUCCUUGGAAUGUACUUCGAUGCUAUCUCGAAAGCAUUUUGCAGGUUGCUUUGCUGCAUGAUAUGGUUGGUAAUGGUGCCGAAGCAGAAGUUUUGUUACGAACAGGAAAAGAUAUAUCACAUUUUCAUGGAUUGGCAGUUUUUGGUAUUACCUUCACAUCAGCUUUAGGUCAAAUAUACCACAAGAGACAGCAAUGGGAUUCUGCAGAGAGUGAGCUUAAAUGUGCUAGGGAUCUUCUUGCACAAAAUGCUGCAUUCGUUUCGUGCAAGCUCUGCAAGUUAACUCUGGAUAUAUCAGUUGAUGUUCAAACUGGAGAUCUAUUUUGGAGUCUAUUUGAGAAAGACUUUCAGAAACAGUCACCAGGCAAUUUACCUAAUGCUUUAGGCAUGUACCAGUCUGCCAUGGAUAAAUUAAAGAGCACCAAAUUGGAAUUACCUGUUGGCUCAUAUGAUAAGCAUAAAACUACUUGCAUUGCUUGCAGCAAAGCUUUUAUUUCAGAAACCAAGCAUGAAGUGUGUAACAAUGGGAAAGAACUAUUAGCUGCAAAUGAUGGAGUGCUACCUUCAUGUAAUGUAUGUGCAAAUUUUAGUCAGACUUCCGGAGAUCAGCCCAACAAGUUCUUGGCAUUAAAAUCUCAAAAGCAUAUCUUGAAGGAUUAUGAAGGUUGUCCACCCUUGGAUGUUAAAGUCAAAAGGACAACCAGAAAUUCGUCACGUUUAGCUAAAGAACAGAAUGUGGAAGCUCAUGUAAAAAAUAGGACCCGCUCUAGUAAGCGAACUGCUCAUGUGAAAGGUGAAAAGGCAUCAGCUGAGCUAAGUAAAAAUGAUAUAUCUUGCAGUGAUGAAAUGCCCACAAAUGCUUUGGACCAUGGAAAAACAAACUGUUCUCUUGAUGGUGUCGACAAGAGCAUGUUUUACACAUGCGAUGCAUUUGGAUGUUGGAAUUGCCUUUUUGUAAAUUCACUCAACUCUGGGUCCAUCCAGAAUAUUUUGCAACUCAGAUGGGAUUGGGUUUGGCAUCAGAACAAUGUGUCUAUCCUGUUAAAAAUUGCAAGAGCCUUGGGUGCUCAUGGAGGAUUGCAUGGAGCUCACGAAGUUCAUAAUAUAUAUUGGCAGUGCAUAUCAUCGUUGUACUUUAGAUCCCUUCCUCAGGAUUGUUAUAGAACUUAUGAGCUUAAUUUAAUUGGAUUAGUCAUGGAUGAGAAUACUGGUGAUUUUCUUACUUCAGAGAGGGCAGAAAUACUAUAUAGUAUGAGUUUGUUUUUGCUAAAGGGCUUCCUUUCAGAACAGUCAAGGGACAUGUGCUGCCGCUUCUGCAGUGUGCAAAUGCCUGAUGUUGUUCCCUGGUUGCUGAGAGCUUUUGUGCUAUCCAGAGAGAAUCCCUUGCUUUUUCAGGAGGUUUGCAGGUUACUUGCAUGUAUAUUCUUACUUGCAACAAUCGAUUCCACGGCUCAAUUACCUUUAUACUCCAACGGAUCUCUCUCUUUAAGUCAUUGGGCUGCAUAUUUUCAUCAGAGUUCUGUUGGAACUUAUCUCAAUUGCCAUUACUUUGCUAGCUUACAGUCAUUACCCAGAAAAAAGAAUUCGAAGGGCCCUGUUGAAGAAUUCAGAUAUGAGUCAGAUGAGGGUAUCUCAAAGUUUCUCAGGUUUUCAUCCACGGACAUAGGGCAUCUUGAGAUACAUAUAAUAGAAUUUUUUGAUAAGCUUCCUGAUGUACCAAUUGUGUGCAUCAGUAUGCUUGAAGGUGAUUUUGUGAAUGUUCUUGGGGAAAUUCUUCUUCUUCCUUCUUUUUUCCCUGCUUGGAUGUUGCUUUCGAGGUUUGAUUCAACAAACAAACCUAUUACAAUGCUUUUACCAGUGGAUGCAAUUUCGGAAGAAACACAGCAUGAAGAUUCCUAUAGCAAAGAAUUGGGCAAUCCAGUGAGAUCCUCAGAUAAGAAUUGGCAGUGCCCUUGGGGCUACACUAUUAUAGACUAUGUGGCUCCUACUUUUAAAAAGAUACUUGAGGAGAACUUUAUUUCCCUCUCUAGUGCAACUCUCACUCUGAGUGAUGGACAAGCAAAUCAUGUAAGGUGGUGGUCAUAUAGGAUGAAGCUCAACAACCACCUUGAUAAGAUACUGAAAAACAUGGAGGAAUCAUGGCUGGGACCAUGGAAAUGCCUUCUCUUGGGCUACCAUUCGACUGACCAACACAUUGAGGCUGCCCUGGCAAACCUGAUUGCUGCUCUGGAAUCAGAAUUCAAAUUUGAAGUAAAUCCUGUGCUCAUUAAGGUCAUCCUUGGUGGUGCUACAUCAGUGGAUGAAGUCCAUGAUUGUGUUUCUCAACUUAUAAUGUAUAAAGGCUAUUUUGGCCGGGGAGGGUGUUGCGGGAAAGAUAGACUUAGAGCCUUCUCUUCUUGCGGUAUUGAGUCUGAAGCUCUGGAGACAGUCGAAUGUUUAAUAACAAGUACAGUGAAUGAGCUUACUGAACCAGUUGAUAGAGAUCCAGUCAUUUUCGUUCUCGACACUAAUGUGCAGAUGCUUCCUUGGGAAAACUUGCCUGGGCUAAGGAGUCAAGAAAUUUAUCGCAUGCCAUCAGUGGGAGGCGUUCUUCUAGCUUUGACUAGAAGUAAUGAUUAUUGCAAAGAUGCCCGGAUUAUAGCCCCCCAAUUUCCUGCUAUUGACCCUUUCAACACAUUUUAUCUGUUGAACCCUAGUGGUGACCUGAGCAGUACACAAGAAGAAUUUGAUCAGUUGUUCAAGACUUAUGAAUGGAAGGGAAAGGCUGGGUAUGCUCCAACGGCUGAAGAGCUGGUGUUGGCCUUGAAGAAUCAUGAUCUUUUCCUCUACUUUGGUCAUGGAAGUGGAACUCAGUAUGUCUCUGGGAAGGAAAUUGAGAAAUUAGAUGAUUGUGCAGCUGCUCUUCUUAUGGGUUGCAGUAGUGGAACACUGCAUUGCAAAGGGGGUUAUGCUCCUCAAGGGGCCCCUUUGUCAUAUUUAUUUGCUGGUUCUCCUGCUGUCAUUGCAAAUCUUUGGGAUGUUUCCGACAAGGAUAUUGAUCGGUUUAGCAAAGCUUUGCUCGAUUCAUGGUUGCAAGAGAAUCUCAUGGCAGCCAAAAACUGCUCGAAGUGUUGCCGGCUAACACAAGAAUUUGAGUCCAUGACAAUUGCUGCGGAGGACAACGGCAGACCGAGGCGAAGAGGCGCAAGAGGAAAGAAGCCUGAACAAGUGAAUGAUAGUAGUAAGCGUUGCACUUGUGGGGACAGACGAGUAGCUUCACAUCUAAGUGAAGCUAGGCGUGCUUGCAGGCUUCCUCUGAUGAUUGGUGCAUCUCCUGUUUGUUAUGGUGUGCCUACCAUCAUUAGGAAGAAGUAACUACCGGUGCUAUAAUGGGAGAUUAUGGAUGAGCAAUGCGCCUGCUGUUCUGGGCAUAGCAAUGGAUACAAUGCUGGUGCAUCGCGUUGACAGAAGUGGCAUUAUUGGCACCGCAUUGCACGAGCUUACAUGUGCUAGUUGAUGCUGGUGAGAUUCAUUCUAAAGCAGGGGAUGCAGGACAGGGAAGAUGCGGAUUGGCGGAUUCCUUGAAUCCAUGGUUUAGAACCUGCUGGGCCAUCGAGUCAUCGACCGUCGUGAAGAGAUACAAAUCUUAUUGAAAGUAUAUACAAGUAAAUGAUUAUAAUUACAGAUGUUCUGCGGAAUGUAGUUUUGAACAAAGUUGUAAUGUUAUGUUUUUGAGCAAGAAAUUUGUAAUAUUAUUUUACGGCAAAUCUUUUAAAGCACGUGUAUGUUGAUGUCAUGAAGUGCAGGGCACUUUAACGAGGAAGUGUCGAACUCAUUGGCAAUGAAUUUACAGCCUUUUCUUGUUAGAACAUGAGUUCAUGUUCUUGAACUAAUAGCGUCAGUUGCACCACC